GAAAAUGAUAAUAACGAAUUUAUGCUGACGACUUUGGCCAGUAUUCACGUAGACUCCUCACUGUUAAGUUCAGUUCAGUGUAUUUUGUUGACCUGUCGCUAUAGUUACCAGUUAAACAGAAAAUAUACUUUUGUAAAUGUGGUAAAUAACAAGUAAUUGAUCAUCUUCGGUCGAGGCAACGAAUCCUCUUUAUUUUUUAACUGAAGACGUGGACAAUUCUGCAGGUUAUACCUGAAAGGAAUAUAUAUAUUAUAUUAUAAUAUAUAUAUAUAUAGAAAGAGAGAUAGAGAUUUUUUUAGUGGAAAUUUGGCUGUAAAAUGUAUCGUACAAUUGCUGUCGUGUUUAUCUUUGGACUGAGUAGUGUGCAAAGUCAAUUGAUCCCAAAUGACCUGCUAGACAAAAUUCCGGGUGCCAUAGACGUAAAGUCCUUGAACGAGACCGCACUAGGACAGGUUGAAAAUGUAAAGAAUCAGUUUAAGAGCAAGUGUGAGAAGAACGGUGGACCGGAUGCUUUUGACAAAGUGAUAAAAGCCAACGAGGAGGUCCAGAAUUGUGUAAAAGGUUUGGUAAACAUGACUGAGCUGCAAGACGAGAUUGUAAAGGCCAAACCGACUGGAGACCUUGAUAUUGUAUUCAAAAAAUACUGCAUGAAAAAAACGACACUGAAGAAGUGCGUUACUGAUUUCACCUCGACCGUAGAAGCUUGCCUUGAGCCGCAGGAACGGGAUACUGUUAAAAUAGCUUUGAAUGUCACUGAUUCACUUUUGAACUUCAUCUGUCAUAAGGAAGGUGAUCGCAUUGCGUUGUUUAUCGCUGCCGGAGGCCCGGAAUGUUUCGCUUUACAACAAGCUGGUCUUCAGCAAUGUCUCAACUCAACUUACGGAGGAUAUUUACCAACAGGUGACUCAGAAAAAUCUGCACCUUCUUUUGAAUCUCUUCCAAAAUUGGCCUUUGGAAUCAACGAGUGCAGCGACAUGGAGAAACUCAGAGGAUGCGUCGUAACUGAAUUGGAAAAGUGUGUUGACCCGACACCAGGAAACAUCGCCGAUGCUUUGUUUAACUUCGUAAAGCGUGUAACACCUUGUGAAAAUCUUCUUGCUGCUCGGAGUGCUCCUCUCGUUGAAGAUCCUAAUUUGCGCUCAAGUAACAGCGCUCCGAUUAGCGCCAGCAAUAUUUACUCAUUUUUGUUUGUCUCUGCAGCUCUCGCGCUGGUUUAAAAAAUAAAAAAUAAUACUUAAAAAAAUUCGAACAAAUUUUUUAGCGUUGUGUUAAAUUUAGCGUUUUAUUUUAUAAAAGCAUCCGGUGGUGUAAUGAUAAAUUAGAAUUGUAUACAUAUCAAAUAAAUGUUGUCUUUGGUUUUUUAA